AGCGAGCUGCAUAUCCCGUCUUCACGGCCGAAUCAGAGCGAGCAGCAUAUCCCGUCUUCACGGACGAAUCAAAGCGAGCAGCAUAUCCUGUCUUCACGGCCGAAUCAAAGUGAGCAGCAUGUCCUGUCUUCACGGCCGAAUCAAAGCGAGCAGCAUAUCCUGUCUUCACGGCCGAAUCAAAAUGAGCAGCGGUCUGAAAGGGAUAAUGGUCUGAAAGUGAGUAGCUUCUCAAAUAGAAUUAUUGACCAGAUGAGGAGUAAGACUUUGACACCUUCAUCUGGGCUUCAGGGUUCCCCCUUUAAGCCUGUAUUGAAGGGUAAAAGGGUUACCUACCAAGGUUCACACGAGCAGAUCCAAGUUCAAGCUAAUGCAAGACCCAGAGCCCCUAUGGAUAAGAUCCCUAAGAUUCCUAGCUCAACACACGAUUCUGUGGCCAGAUUGGAUGGUACACCUUUCAGCAGUGGUGGAAAUGUUUCCGAAUCUCAGUAUGAGGGAACAAGCCUGAGGGAACUAAUUAAGCCCGCACGCCAAGCAAUGAGCAAGUUUGAGAAAAUGCAGUUGUUUAAGCAGAUCCUUGAUCAUGUAGACAAAUCCCAUGCACAGGGUGUAACCUUACAGCAUUUGCGCCCGUCGUAUUUUAUACUUUCAUCCCCAAACCAAGUAAGAUAUACCGGUUCUUACACUAAACAAGAUUUAUCAACCCCAGCCAAACCGGAUAUGGCCGCAGAUGAUGUUUUUAACAGAAAACGAUGCUUCGAUCAGAAAACUUUGCACCAAGAGUGUAAUGGCAAUGGACAUUCAAUCCUGAAGUAUCAGAAGGUUGGUGAACAAGGUUCUGCUGCCGUCAGGAGACCGAUACAUCCCUUCCGGACUGACCACAAAGGGGCCAACCAAAGUGAAGGUGCUGAUCUAGGUGCUUCAGGACAGGGAAAUUCUAGUUGCACCGUCGGAGGUCGUUCUAAGUUUGGCGAACCUUACUAUGGUGGUAAUGCAUCUUAUGGCCAACGUUUUCCUAAUUAUGGCAACCAAGAAUCAGUACUUGAAUUGAGGAUGCUAGAAGAUAGCUGGUACAGAAGCCCGGAAGAGCUCAAUCAAGUGAAAGGCACAUCCCCAUCCAACAUCUACAGCCUUGGGGUUCUUUUAUUUGAGCUCUUUUGCUGUUGUGAAACAUGGGAGCUGCAUUGUGCUGCAAUGUCAGAUCUUCGCCACCGGAUCCUGCCUCCAAUUUUUCUUUCAGAAAGUCCCAAGGAGGCUGGCUUCUGCCUUUGGCUAUUGCAUCCGGAUCCUUUUUCUCGACCAAAAGCAAGAGACAUUCUAGGAUGUGACUUGAUAAAUGAGGGUCGGGAUUUAUCGGUGUUAGAUAAGGCACCAGCUGCUAUCAAUGAGGAGGACACAGAGUCUGGUUUGUUACUGAAUUUUCUGUCUCAACUGAAAGAAGAAAAGGAGAUGCAUGCUGCCAAGUUAUCAGCAGAUCUUGCAAGCUUGCAGACUGAUAUUGUAGAGGCUGAGAGAAGACACUCGUUUAGGAUGGGGUUCAGUUUAGAGGACAUGGAUGUACCAGCAAGUUCUAAUGAUGUGCCAGGUACUUCAUCAAAUGCCCUGAGAGGGGCAUUGUUGUCAGGAGGCAGGUCAGGCAUAUACGAGGAGAGGGUGAUGAAGAAUUUGCAGCAGCUUGAAAAUGCAUAUUACUCCACGAGGUCCACCAUUGACACAUCUGAGACUAAUGUAAUUAAGCGUUCCGAUAAUGAUGCUUUGAGGGUCCGUGAAAACUUUAACCACAGUGAUGCCGAUGCUAUGAAUGGGCCAACAGACCGCCUUGGAUGCUUUUUUGAUGGUCUAUGCAAAUAUGCCCGGCAUAGUAGGUUUGAAGUACGAGGGAUUUUGAAGAAUGCUGAUAUACUUAACUCUCCAAAUGUGAUCUGUUCUUUAAGUUUUGACCGUGAUGAAGAAUAUUUUGCUGCUGCUGGGGUUUCAAAGAAAAUUAAAAUAUUCGAAUUCGAUGCUCUUUUAAAUGAUCGUGUUGAUAUUCAUUAUCCUAUAGUAGAGAUGCCUAGCAAGUCCAAGCUUAGUUGUGUCUGUUGGAACAACUAUAUAAAGAACUACCUGGCAUCAACAGACUAUGAUGGCACUGUUCAGCUAUGGGAUGCAAGCACUGGCCAAGGAUUCACACAGUUUACAGAGCAUCGGAAAAGAGCUUGGUCUGUGAGUUUCUCAGAGGUGGAUCCAACUAAAUUGGCAAGUGGGAGUGACGAUUGUUGUGUGAAAGUUUGGAAUAUUAACCAGAAAAAUAGCGUGGACACAAUAAGAAAUGUGGCCAAUGUAUGCUGUGUACAGUUCUCGCCAUACUCCUCUCGUAUGUUAGCCUUUGGCUCAGCUGAUUACAAGACAUACUGUUAUGAUCUGAGGCAUACAAGGAUCCCCUGGUGUACCAUUUCUGGACACGGGAAAGCUGUCAGCUAUGUAAGAUUCUUGGAUGCAGAAACGCUUAUAUCUGCCUCAACUGACAAUACCUUGAAGAUAUGGGAUCUCAACCGGACUAAUCCUAAUGGAUUAUCUACUAAUGCUUGCAGUCUGACUUUGAGUGGUCAUACCAACGAGAAGAAUUUUGUAGGCUUAUCCGUUCACGAUGGAUACAUAACGUGCGGUUCUGAAAACAAUGAAGUAUAUUCUUACUAUAAAAGCUUUCCCAUGCCAAUAACUUCUCACAAGUUUGGUUCAAUCGAUCCAAUAACCGGACAAGAGACCAAUGAUGAUAAUCAGCAGUUUGUGUCGAGCGUUUGCUGGAGAGGAAGGUCGAAUAUGGUGGUGGCUGCCAACUCUAGUGGAAGCAUCAAAGUCCUUGAGCUUGUUUGAAUGAUCCGUUGAGCAAGUUACAGGAUGAGAGUAUCUGAAUGGCCGUGAUUGCCAUGUUUCUUUGCUGACCAUAUGUUUCCUCGAGCGUUCUUCCUUGCCAACAAACAACUAUUAUGCAUCAACACAUGUCGAGGCCGGGCAACAAAGCGGUGGAAACACACUUGCGCACUUCAAGCAACACACAACCCUGGCCGUUGAUGUUCGCUUGAAACUCCCAAUGAAGUGUGCAACUGGAGGGAGUGAAAGGCCUCGGCUACUCUGAAAGGUAAACUUUGUAAGGCGCUUUGACAUAGUACUAGUCCGCAUUUCAGCGAGGGCCUAGGGCUAGGUUUCUGUACAGAUUUAUGUAUGGGCUUCGAGGGCCGCGUAUUUACUUUUGAGCUAGAGCCUUACAUGCUAUGUUGGCCCGAUCCGGUCCGCAUCUCACGGGAAUCGACGCAGUUUUGAUGUGCAACGACUAACAGUCUAGUAUGACGGUCAAAGCAAAGCUGCGGAAGGUGACAUUGUUGUCUGAAGGAGUUGAUCACGCAUCCUGAUCUGUGCGAGUGAUGCAACGAGGGUUUGUCUAUGCCUACUAUUUUUUGUAGUCCCCUUAUUUGAAUGAAUAGAGUAAUAUAUUCAUAUACUGUAUAUAACAAUAUACCUUCCCGAGUUCAGAAAUGCCCGCGUCGAAGGGAAGAAAAACGAACGAAUGAAUGAUUUGGGCAGGGAA